CGGCGAAGCCCCCAUCAUGGAGGACAAGGAAAGCAUAUUUUGGAAAAUUUCCUGUAAAAUGAUAAAAUUCAAAGAAAUUCUGCACUAAAAACAUCCCACUCAAAAGAAGCCACUGACCAGAGAGAUGAACAGCAUGAUGGAGUCACUCGACAUGACCUCAGACAAUCUGGGUGACUAUACUGUGUACGACAGCGACUCAACAGUUGUCAGUGAGACUGGUGGACAACUGUCGGACUUUGACACGGAAAUUCUAAAGCCGAAACCAUUAUCUGCACUUCCGAAUGAUUUUAUGACAGAGGAUUCUCCCACCUCUAUUCAUGAUAGAGCUGUAGAUCAGGAUUCAUUCCUCAUGGAUUCCGAACUACCCGGGAAUGGGCUGCUUAAUCCGUAUAAUGGUCUCCCAAACAUCGAUGUGCAAACAUUACCGGUUGUGCCGGUGCCGGUUAACCUCCAUGGGGAAAAGCCGUGCGAGUAUCUGUUACUGCGGUGUGAGACAUGUAACCUUAUCAUGGUCGGAGCCGAGGACUUGAAGGUGCACAGCCAGAUGCCAGAUAUCGAUCAUAUCUACAUGUGCUUGCAUUGUAAUCAGACUUUCACAGAGAUUAUCACCAUUCUUGAGCAUGUGGGCUCUGAAGAGUUGAUGCCACUUGAGGGUGAGAUGGAGAGACUUGAGGAUCAAGCAGUGGCACCAAGCAAAGAAGCUAAGGGAAAAUCAAAAAAGAAAGGUGUAAAAGGAUCGAAGGCUGUAAAAAGCUCUGAACCAAAAGCCGUCAAGAAACGUGGCCCACGCAAACCAAGAGAGCGGCCUCUGAUGAAAGCAGUCGAAACGGUCGUCACAAUCUUUCAAUGCCCAUACUGCCCGACGUCAUUCCUCAACUUCGUAGCAUUGUCCUUACAUGUCAAAAUACACAAGGAUCAAAACCAGCACAUGUGUGAACAAUGCAUGCAGGCGUUUGUGGAUGUGCCGACACUUCAGGCACACAAGGCCAACCAUUUAUCAGGCAUGGAACUGCGCUGCCACUACUGUAAGCAACCAUUUGCUAGUCAAGCCGAACUUCAUGCCCACUGCGCUGUGCACGAGGAUGAUGCUGAAAAGAAAUUCUGUUGCACGUAUUGCGGGAAAAGGUAUGUUACGCGUGGCGGUUUACGCAGACACGUGCGUACACAUACGGGGGACUUGCCGUAUCAAUGCACUCAUUGUGAUAAACGCUUCAGGGCAGCCGGUGAUUUACAAACACAUACUCGAAGUCACACGGGCGAGAAACCAUACACUUGUGAAAUCGAUGGCUGUGGCAAAUCGUUCAUCACGAAGAGUAAGUUGACGCAGCAUGUGAAGACGCACACUGAGGAACGCCGCUACAUCUGUGAUCAUUGCCACAAAGGUUUCAAACGCAACUGCGACCUGUCGCGUCAUGUGCGAUUGCAUUUAGGAUUCAAGUUAUACCAGUGCAGCUUGUGUCCGAAGUCGUUCACGACAAAUACAGUAUUAUCGCGACAUGUCAAAAAACAUACAGGUAUAAAGCCUUUUAAGUGUGAAACCUGUUCUAAAACCUUCUUUACGAAUUCUCAUUUGAAGAAACACAUGUUGUUUCAUACUGGUCAACGCCCACAUAAAUGUUCAUUCUGUGGGAAAGGCUUCACAACAAACUGGGCCCUCAAACAUCACAUCUUGAUCCAUGUUGGCACGAAACUUCACCAGUGCACUUUCUGUGGUAAAAAGUUCUUCCAUCUGCAGCCACUGGCUCGACAUAUCAAAUUCAUCCACGGGAGUAUCGGGGAGAUGCACAAGUGUAAGAAAUGCCCGCGGGAAUUCCGUACCAAAGCUCUUCUCCGGUUACACGGACGACAACAUGAGGAGAUUAAGUUUCAUGAGUGUAAGGAAUGCGAUGUGAAGUUUCUGCUCAAGCAGAGUUAUAAUCGUCACAUGACUGACGUCCACAACGCACCGAAACCUUACACUUGCCGUGUCUGUGAUAAAGGCUUCCUGAACCAUACGGUCAUGAUCAAUCACAUCCGAACCCACACCGGGGUCUUACCCUUCAAGUGUGAUGAUUGUGACCGGUCUUUCGUAUCCCACAAAUCCAUGUCGGCGCAUCGCCGCGUCGCUCAUGACUUUACAGGUAACACUGAUCCUGCUUAUUGUGAUAUUUGUACGAAGGUGUUAAAGUCACCUGCCCAGCUGAGACAGCAUCGUAGACGCAUUCACGGCGUCACAGGUCAUUCUGCAAAUACUGCAGACAGAGAACCCGAUGAACAUGGUGAGUUUAUCUGCCGCGAAUGCGGCUCCACCUUUGAAUGGAAGCAGGAACUAAAGGAACAUACGAAAAACCAUAACAUUGGGCCGAACAAACUUAAGUGCGAUCUCUGUUCUAAAGAGUUUCGCAGUAAUCAGACGUUUCAAGACCAUGUGCGAGGACACUCGAUGGAGAAACCAUUUGAAUGCCAACAUUGUAAAAAAUGUUUUGGGAAACGUAGCAUUCUGAGCCGUCACCUUUUGAUCCAUUCUGGUGAAAGACCAUAUAAGUGUAGCUUAUGUGAUAAAUCUUUUACGCAGAAAAGUACGCUAGAUGCCCACUUGAAGCGCCACAGUGGGGAGAAGCCAUAUGAAUGCGAAUUCUGUGGCCGUUGUUUUGCGGAUCGGAGUCAUUACAAACGUCAUGUUCAACUCAUUCACAAUCCUACGCCGAAAAAUCAAGUAGAAUGUGAAUUUUGUAAGAAAAUGUUGUCGUCGAAGAAUAGUUUGCGGCGCCACAUAAAGGCGGUUCAUGCCGAAAGUGUUGCCGAGGUUAUUGAAGAGGCCAGUGGCGAUGUUAGUACACAUGAGGAGAUGAAUGAGAGUGCCAUCUUUGAAUGUUUGGAGACACCGUUGAAAAUGUCAGCGGUGAAGAAAGUGGAAGUACUUGAAAACAAGAAGGGCAGCCAUUUUGGAGGUUUACAGCUGAAAGGAGAGUUUGAGGUUGAAAAAGUUGAGGAUUUGUGUUGAGAUAAACCAAGUGGGAUUUGACACCUCAUGACAACUCGUACUUAGAAAGGGUUAAUGUCCUCUGACAUUACAAUACAUAAUAUUUCAAAAAAAAUCAUGUGGUUUGUCCAAUUUUGCAUAUCAAUCAUGUCACCUUUGUCAGUUGUAAUUGCUAGUACAUGUACAAUAGGGCCGUUUAGACGACGCGAAAAAAUCCGGAUGCGUCCCGAAUCCGGAUUAAUUUUUCGUCGUGUAAACGCAAAAAGAUCCGGAUCAAUGUGGUUGCAUCCGGACUAAAAAGGUACCAUCGCCUUGAGUGGUUUUAAUCCGGAUUCAUCCAGAUUCGAUCCGAAUGCGGUCUUUUCGCCUGUCGUCUAAACGGCCCUAAUGUAUGUAUGAAACGUACUUUCAGGUGUACAUCUUCUGAAGUACCAAUGGGAGAUUUGAGACAAUAACUAUGUCCUCGGAGAUUCUCUUGGCUGUUAUAAUGCCUCUUGACAUGUUCCUGUGUAUCUGUUGGGCCUCUUGCAUCAGUGUGACCUGCGACUAUGAUAGGAUAGUCUUUUUAUAAAUUGAAUUAAAAGUGUUGUAUAAGAGGCUCCUCAUUUAGUGAAUAGGAAACAAGGGGGGAAGCAUUAUUGGUAAAUUUGAGGUCCAUUUUCAAGGCUCUAGCGUAUAACCUCUUGCGUAUAAAGGGGAGUAACGACAAAUUGCGUAAUAGUGCGUUCAUUGUGAGUACCAAAUGAUUGGCCCCUCAGUUGUUAUUACAUGUAUAGUAUCCACAGAGCUAACCUUUAAUCAAGGAGUUCAAGUUUAUUGAAAUGAUAUUUCACCGACAGUUUUUACUUCUUUACUCAUUUUAACAAAAUAUUGUCUCCGAUAUUCUUGGUUUUUAUUCACCAACGGUGAUUUUAACCUUAUAUUAAAUGUUUAACUGUAUGUUGAAUUUUAUGUGUUUACAAUAAUCUGGCAUGGACAUGAUAUGUACUAUGUUUUUCAUGGUGUAUAAACUAUAAAUCCAUGCACCUGAUUGGGAACAACGUUUACAUAGUGUUGGCCGUCGUCACGUCACCAUGCAUUACAGCUCGGACGGUUUUACAUCCCUGUAAUGUGACGCGACGUCUUCGUAAACGUUGUUCCCAAUCAAGUGCAUGGAUUUCUAGUUUCUCGUUAAAAACCUUUCUUCCAGUUGUUCUGUGAUGUACAUGGAUGUUGUUGGUGGUGAAACACGGAAAAAUAAAGAAUCAAAAUCUGAA